AUGAUCGAGACACAAAUCGAAAUUGCAGCCUCCCCAGCCAAAGUGCGGGAAGUGCUACUCGACUUCUCAACCUACGGGGAAUGGCAGAGCCUCAUCAAACUCCUCGAGCCCGAGGAAAAUUCCAAAACCCUCCAGUCCCUUCAACCGGGUGACAAAGUGAAAUGCGACGUGGACGGCAUGAAGUUUACAGCAGUAAUCAAGGAAAAUUCCGAGAAGUUGUUCCAAUGGCAGGGCCCUCCCGUGUUCGGUCUCAUUGCCGGACUUCAUAGCUUCCAUCUCGAGCCCGCCAAUGGUGGCGCAUCGACUGCUUUCAGGCAGACCGAGUUAUUCACCGGAGCCAUCUCAUUUAUGAUGAGCCCCUCGUUACUGGGAAAGAAGAUGGUGGGCCAAUACAACCAAUUCAACAAAGACCUCAAGGCCCGUGCGGAAUCCUUAAGCUAG